AUGAGUUCGAAAGCUACUUUUCCCGCUACUAUACAGGAUUGGAGGGACUCAGUUCAAGUUAAUGUUGGUUACCAGCAUCUCUGGUCGACUUUUGAGAAGACCAACAAUUUACUUGAAGAUUUAGUCAAAACUGAAGAGGGUGUAAAGGUUGAACUCAAGGAGUUGGACGAUAAAGAAAAUGAAUUGGAGAUGCAGCUGGAGGGACUUAAAAUUAAAAGUCGACAACUCAUGGACGAAAGAAUAGAAGUAUCGAAGCAAACAAAGCAAGUUUACGCUCUUGCAAAGGAGCAGUCGAAGAGUUGA